UUGGCGAAGUCAGAUAUGUAUACAGUCUAAGUCUGACAAGCGCAUGCUCUCCCAACUCCUCUCCCCCCUCCCACCGUGUUUGGCAGGUUACUUUCGCUUUCCUAUUCGGCCGCGGGGCUUCUUUAUCCUGGACUGGCUCGGGAGAGCCUGACUGUGACCUGGCAAUGGAGCCAGGAGGAGUAAUGAUGCAGGACAUCCUACUAGAUGCUUUAGAAGACCUUGGCCAAGGCGAUUAUGAAAAAUUUAAGUUUAAGCUGCGUACUGCAGCAGCUCCUCGGGGGAAGAAUAUUCCACACGGACGGAUGGAGAAGGCAAAUCGGGAGAUGCUGGUGGACCUUCUGGUAGAGUACUACGAGGAUGAGGCUGCAGCCCUGAUGAUGACUAUCUUUGAAGACAUUGGUCUCAAGUACAAUGCUUCUAAACUCAGCAAGGUGGUUGGAAAGCAAGGUCAAGGUUACAAGAAGAGGUAUGCUGAGAAUGUGAGGGAAGAAUACCUUCUAACAGAGGACAGAAACAGUCUUUUUGGUGAGAGCACCCCUUUGAAUGCACGCUACAUAGAGUUGCUUAUUAUCAAGAGGCACCGGCCUCAAAAGCAGAGGGAGCAUGAAUUGGUUGCUACUGGCAGACUGCACAUGAAGAUCCUGGAAACCAAUAGUUCACAUUAUUCAUCAACUGAUAUAGAAAGCCUUUUUGAGCCUGAUGAAUCGGGAAUAGCUCCACGAACAGUGGUGUUGCAAGGACCUGCAGGGAUUGGUAAAACAAUGACCGUUCAGAAGUUCAUGCUGGGUUGGGCUGCUGGGGAGCUGUAUCCGAAUGUGUUUGACUAUGUGUUCUGCAUUCGCUGCAGAGAACUGAGACUUGCUGAAGAAACCAGCAGCCUGGCUGACCUUAUUAUAAAUCAAUGUCAGGACAUUUAUGCCCCAGUAAAAGGGAUCUUAGCCCACCCUGAAAAGCUGCUUUUCAUAAUUGAUGGCUUUGAUGAGCUUUGUUGCUCCUUAGAGCUUAAUGAAGAUAAUUUCUGUAACAAUCCUUAUUCAAAGAUGUCCAUAGACUGUGUUCUGAGCAGUUUGUUGAGAAAGAAGCUCUUGCCAAAGUCUUACCUGUUAAUCACCACAAGGCCUGGUGCUGCAGAGAGGCUGCAGGGAUGCCUGAAGUUUCCCAGGUUUGCUGAGAUCCUUGGAUUCUCUGAAAAAGGUCGCCGUGAAUAUUUUUUAAAGUUUUUUGGAGAUGAGCAGAAAGCCAACAGAGCACUGACAUUCAUUGAAAAUACCACUGCGGUGUCCACCAUCUGCUUCAUCCCCAUAGUGUGUUGGAUCAUCUGCUCUAUCAUCAGAGUAGAACUGGAAACUGAAGAUGAGAUUGUGGACACUUUGGACACCACAACAAAAGUCUUUGUGCAGUUUUCUCACAAUCUCCUUAAGCAUGACUCUGAGAAAUGGAAGAAUUCCCCUCUGAAUGAUCUCAGAGGACUCUGUUCCUUGGCACAAGCUGGCAUGCUGGAACAGAAAAUUCUCUUUGAGGAGCAGGAUCUCAAGGAAUAUAAUUUCGAGGCUUCUGCUCUUAAAGACCUGUUUCUAGACAAACGAACAUUCCAGACGGGGAUUGGUCGGCACAACGUCUAUAGUUUUCUGCAUCUCUGCUUCCAGGAGUUUUUUGCUGCCUUGUGGUAUAUUUUGCAGAAGGACCCAGCGGGAACUUCAGAUAACAAUAUGGGGGACCUGAAGAGAUUCUUAGUUGAGUGUGAGAAGCCAGGUAAUGAGCAUUUGACAUUAACUGUGUACUUCAUAUUUGGCCUGAGCAGUGAAAAGGUGCGCAUCUUCCUUGAGCAAACUCUGCAGUGCAAGUCAUCUGAUCUUGUGAAGCCUCUCUUACUUCAGAGAGCAAAAGAAGUGGCUGCUGAGGAUCCUCCCCGAGAAGGUUAUUGCCUGCUGAAGUUUUUCCACUGUCUGUUUGAGAGCCAGGAAGCAGAAUUUGCUAAGCGUGUAAUGCAUCGUUUUCAGAUUAUUGACCUUUCUUUCAAGACACUCUCUGUGUUGGACUGCAGGGUUCUGGCAUUCUGCUUGCAGCACAGUACAAUCGAGGAUCACUCCAUUGAUCUAACGUUUUGCAGGCUGAAGUCCCAUCACAUCAGAGCUUUAGCUCCAGGGAUAAAAAACUGUACAACUUUAAAAUUUGGAAGUAACAGGCUUGGAAACUCAGGAGUGAAUGUUCUCUGCACCAUACUGAAGGAACUAGGUUGUAAUCUGACUUCUUUGUAUCUUGAUGAGAAUUACCUCACAGAUGCUUGUACCCAAGAGCUUUGUGCCGUUCUGAGCACCGGCACCACCGUCUCAAAUCUAAGCCUUCAAGACAACUCCUUCUCAGAGUCUUCUGUGCCUUUCAUCUGCCAACUCAUGGAGACCUGCCCCAGCCUAUCUUCUCUAAGUUUGGGAAAAAAUGGAUUUGGUGACAAAGGAGCAAAACGCCUGAAACAGCAAGAGAAAAAGAUCAAUAAGUCUGGAUGUCGCUUUCUGUUGUGGAUGUGACACAUUCCAUUUUGUCUACUCUGGAUCAAAAGCAGCCACAGUACGAAAUGACAAUAUGGCACCAAAUCUGGUAAACCUGCAUAUAGUUGCUGGAAGGUAGUUCUAGAGUUGAACGUUUCAAAAAGAAGAGAGACAACUUUAAGGCUUGAUACAAGGAUACUAACUUUAAUUGUUGGAAGUUCUUCCCAAAUAAGGUUGAUGUGAAUAAUCACUGGAUUUAAAAAAAGGCUUAGAUAGAAGCAAAACAUUCUCAUGGCUUUAUUGUAGGUCCUAUGAUUUUUCUGCAUAAGAAGUCACUAAUAAUGUGAAACUCUGUAACCAUGUUAUGGUAUCUUUAAUCAAAUCCAGUUCUUUCCUAGUUACUAGUCAUGCCCUAGUCAGUGAUUUGAAAAGUUGUAUGUUGUAUAAUAUUCACUAAUAGGCAAAAAAAACCCUUGCAGUUUAAGAACGUACCUAUAGCCAACAGAUAUUUCUAUCAAACUUUAAAAAGCAGGGAAUUUGGGCAGCUAUAGUGAAUGCACCAGGGGAGCAGGAGACCUGACCUCCUGUCUGAGAUACUGUACUGCCCUACACUUCCCAGGAUUCUUUGGGGGAAGCCAUGACUCUCUAAAUUGGAAUAAAGGUCUGGUGUGGGUGUGGCCCCGUGAUUAGCUAAGCCACACAGCUGUGAGUCUGGCUUUUAGAACACUGAUGGCUGGUUCUUACUGAGCAUGCCCAUGCUUAUCAUUGACUCCAAUGUAAAAUUUCUUAAAUUAAUUAAAAAUCAGCAAGGCAUUUUUUAAACUUUUGAACUGCAGAAGAUGAAAGUCAGAGUAUGGGACAAGGUCAGUAAUAGGAUUACAGGUACUCUGUGAGCAUGGCUGAUUUUUAAUUAAUUUCAACAAAUUACGAGAACUCUGACAGAAAAAAGUCCAACAGGGAUCUAGAUUAUUUUUGUCUCUUUUUACACUUUGAACUCUCAGUUCUCUCUGACUGUUCUGUGUAUUGCCAUGAAAAUUUAGAAGGUUGUUAAGCAAUCAUUUCUGAGUUCAGGACUAUAUGUUUUGUAAGGUUUUGUUUUGAGAUGAGCUUAUGGAAAGCAGUAGUAUGGCAUGGGGGUAUUUUCAAUUUAACAUUGUGGAAUGCGAAAAAUCCAUGCUGGCUAUAAUAUACAGCCACUCUUGUGGCUGUAUAAAUAGUGAGUGUAUUAUGCAGAUGCCAAAGAUAUGUGUAUGUGUGGUUUCUAUUUAGUGUUGGCUUGGGAUUGGGGUACUGAAGGACCACUUUCUCCAAUAUGUACCCUGUUAUACAUUCACCUCAACAGCUGAAAUCCUGCUCUGUGUGCCUUGAUAACUGAAGUUCGGUGGAUGUCCACUAGGAGUAGGGUCUUUUCAAUAGUGGUGCCAACCUUACAGAAUGCUUUCCCUAAAGAAGCCUGUCAAGUCCCCAAACUGUAUACUCUUUGGAAGGCCUUUGGGGCUAAUUACCCCUACUCUGCUAGAAACUCUGUUAAAAUGUAUGUGCAGAUUAAGAAAUGUGCCACAAAGUCUAAGAAGAUGUCAGCAUGGUUAACAAGCAGAGUCAAAGAAAUGCUUAAAGGUAAGUAAAAUAAAGAACAAGCAGGAACAAACUUGCACCCCCAAAAUACAAUAGAUACUAAAUAGAUACAGACAUUGGGGGGGAUUUGAGGAGCAUAUCACUAAAACAUUUUAAGACAAAGAAUAAAAAACAUUAAAUUAAUCAGAUUCAGGAAAAUACCUAGGGAGGCAGCUGGACCAUUGGAUGACAAGGGAGUUAAAGGUAUGCUGAAGGACGACAAGAAGAUUGCAGAAAAGCUGAAUAAAUUCUUUGUGUCCGUCUUCCUCACAGAAGAUAUGGCGCAGAUACCUAUGCCUGAACUGACCUUUUCAGGAAGGGAGUCUGGAGAACUGAGACAAAUAGUAGAGAUGAAGCUUUAAACCUUAUUUGCAAAUGAAAAAUUAACAAAUAACUAGGCUUCAAUAGCACUCAGCAAAAUCACAUAUGAAGGGGAGGUUUAAAGCUGGACGUUCUACCCUUGACCUCUGUAUGGUAUUGACCCACUUAGUUUAUAAACACUCUAAGCCAAGAGGAGUGCCUUCAGAAAAGUAUCCUCAGCAAAUAUUUGCAUUUCUUCUGAAAGUAUCAACAACAACAUGACUUUUAAUCGGAAGCAGAUGUAAUAUUUUAUUGCUCUUGCCUAGGGAUUCUUGUUCCCAGAAAUUGUUGGGUCAUGACACAAAUUAAAAGCAAAUAUCCGUUAUAAAAGAAACAGACCAAAUAGGCUUAUGGAAUAAAUGUGCUCAAGGGACUGCAGCAAGACACUGAAAUGGCUUGAGAUGAUGGAUUUAAUAUAGAAUUACACAACUAAAACACGAGUCUUCAUUUUCCAUCAGUUACAGCCUUAGGAAAAUGAUUUCUGGUGUCCAGUUGUAGAGAGAGUAGUAAUGCCUGCUUGCUAAUGCUAGUAUUUCUGGGAAAUGAAUUAGAAACAUUGUACAGGCCAUCUAACCCAUUUGCUCAGUAGUAGAGCAUAUACAGUACUUGUAUAAGGUUCCACGUUCAAACCCUGGUGUCUUUAAAGGAUCUCUGGAAGCCAAGCUAAAGAUCAAUCAGCCUGAGACCCUGAAGUGCUUCUGUAAGUCAGAGAAGAUUGUACUAAGCUAGAUGGAUCAGUGGUUUGAGUGAGCUUCUUAUAGCCAUACUUAAACAUGUUUGCAGCUCCAUCAUUCUAGCUUUUGUCCUUAGGCUACAAUUUGUCCUUAGUUCUGAUGUGGUCACUCAGUUUUUGAAUCAGUUUUGGCCUAUCACAUCGCUUCAGUCUUUUCUCUAUACUUAGAGAACUUUCAUUGUUUCAGAAGCAGAAUAUAACCUCAAUAUGGAGAUGGAAGAACCAGGUUUUGGUUCCUUAGAUGUUUAAGAAACCAAAGUAAGCUUUGGGGAGACCAACCUGAUCCUAUCCGUCAGUGUAGGAACACUCCCUGUUCAUUUUUUCUUUUGUAUCAUGUCUGUUAGCUUGUGAACCUGCAGACAAAGACUGGCUUCUCUUUUAAUAUAUGUACAGUACUUAGAAAAGUUCAGGUGUUGUAAGGCGAGAGUGACAUUGCUUCUACAGGAAGGGCUUGAUUUUGUACCACAAAGGAGUCAAUUGGACAAAAAAAUGUUUUUGUGGAAAGACUCCUACAUGGGAAGCAAUUGGUUACGUUUAUCACAUUUUUUUUCAUAAGCUGUUCAGAAAAUUGCGCAAAUUUACAAAGAUGGAAGCAAUAGUGGGAGGAGGCUAACAAAUCUGCAGGGAGGAGAAAAGGAAUAAAUAGGGAAAUGGGCAGAAGGGGUAAGGAAAGAGGCAGGACAAAAGGCGGGACUGCAUGUAACCUAAGGUGGCAGCUGCAAAAACGUGGGAGCUUUUAAACAAGAAAGGGAUCACCAAGACUUGGUCCAAAUUAUAUCAGGGAGACUGCGGUCGUACGUUCUUUUUGAGACCACAUGGCUCAAACAAUUGAAAUGGACACAUGUUUGGUCUCUGACUUUAUGUUAUCAGGAGUGCUUUCUAUGGACAUAGGAGCCAUAUGGGUGAUGGACCGUGCCCCCGAUUAGUGUACUGUACAUUUUGAGAUAUUUAUGGGGACUUAACCCAGCACUCCUUUCAUUGGAAUCAAGUAGGGAAUCCAUACGGAAAGAAUUAGAAUAUUAUUUAGCUGGAAAUGGCAGCCAAGAAAUUGUUGAAGAAACCUGUUGGGAGGUAAUGAAGGGGGUCAAACGGAAUUUUUAUCAAGGAACGGAGUUAUAGGAAAUGGAGGUGAAGGGCAACAAAGAGAAACUGGAGGGAGAGUUAAACUGCUGUUGUGCUAUAAACAGACUCACAGCAGAUUAAGAUGGAACUGGAACAAAAAAGGACAGAACUAAAUAUGUUGGGAAUUGAUAGCACUAUGAUAAAUUUGUUCUAUAUUAAGCAAAAAUGCUGUGAAUGAGAAAGGGAUGAAAUUAUUGGCAAACAGUAAGAAAGGAGAAGAGCACAGGUAAUUAGAGCAUAGAGGGAGAGGGGACCACUGGAAUCAUGCUAUGGAAAAAAUGAGUGAACUGUUGGCUACAUAGUAUGAAAUCCUGUAUAAAUGUGAAGAUAAAGAGAAUACAUAUAUUCAGGCUUACCAAGAAAGUGCAAGGGUGAUACAGACAGAAAUGUACUGGAAGCGCUAUAACCGAGGAAGAAAUUGUAGGUGCAUAAAACUGUGAAGCUGACAUGGACCCAGUCAUGGAGCCUCCUGGAUCUGUGAAUGAAAGGCCUUAACACGCUUCAUUAAAGCCUUGCAAUAGUUCAUGACUAUUUCAUCAUUUAACUGGAGAUCACAAUGGGCAGGAUUCAUAAAGACAAGGGGAAGAGCAUCGGGCCAUUUAAGUCCGGUUUCAGCUUUCAGCAGUCUUUUAGUAACUGUGAUGGUGUUGGCCUUUGCACAGCGAUAGGUGUCAAUCCAUCCGGCAUACGUAAGGGUAUGAGUUAAAAAGGGUCUUUUUCCUAAUGCAGUUUUGCCAUGAAAAAGGAGGAGGGGUUGCACAUUUCAUGGCCCAGUGUUUCAUGGCUCAGAACAGCAUGCUCUCCUUCUAUAGCAUCGUAUGGGAUCAACUUGACCCUCUUUGGGGUGUUCGUUCACACUUUAUAACUGUUAAAUAAAAGAGGUAGUUGUGGACUGUGGGCUAGCAUACAAAGGGUCAAGAUAGGGCUGAUGCAGCUGAAGAGAUGGCAGCAGCAGUUUAAACCAUUUUUCUUUAACAUCCUGGUUUUGAUGGUGUGCUCAGUGGCCAGUGGCUGACAAAGAGAAUUUGGCUAAAAUUAAAGAAUUGGGCCUUAUACAAAAGAAAGACAAUAAUGGAUAGUCAUUAUCUGCCUCAUGUAUGGUAUGGCAGAACAAAAUAGCUAGAUAUUGGUUUGCAUCCAAAUUCACCCAGAGUCACAUUACACCACUAAAAACUGGGCAGUUAUUACUCUUUAAGUGAAAUACCCUUGUAUGGCACAAUACUUAACAAUUGUGCUACAUCCUUAUGCUUCUGUGUUGAACUUGUGCUUGCCACACCUUGCUACAAUUAAUUAGGAUGAUGGUGAGAUGCUUCAAGUUUGCUAUUGCUUUGAGCCUUGGGAAAUGCUUAGAUAACUUGGAUGAGCUGGUGGACGUUGGAAAGACAAAUAAGUUGUUAACCACCCAUUCAUAAGUAUGAAAAUCCCUGCAAGCAAGAUAAGGGGUUUUGAUGUCUGUUUGGGCUAUUCUUGUAAGAAAAUGUCUUAACCAAUGUCGCUUCCCUUCUCCUAUGAAGUUACCAAAGGGGGGGAGGGAGAUUGUUUCAUCAAGGACAUUCAACCUGUUUCAUCAGACCAGCAAGUUGCAGUAACAAGAUGCAAACUGCAAUUUCUCCUGUAAAGGCCAAUGUUUUUCUUCUUCGUUUGCCUUUGCUUUGUGCAUCCGUUAUGCUUUGUUGACAUGCAAGCCAUCCAUGCCCAGAUGCAAGUCAUCCGUACCUGGGAAAAGAGAUGAGAACUGUUGAUUUCCCAUCCCUUCCAGCAGCUGCAAGGUCUCCACCUGUUCUUCAUCCAAGGGGGUCUGUAUAGCAAGCUACAGAAACUUGUCUGCAGAGCAGCUUGUCCUCGUCUUUGAUUGUGACUGUUGGCUGCUUGACAACAAAGCCAAUCCCUGAGGCCAAGGACAAAGACCCUCAGGACCUGCGCUUAAGAACGGGGUCCCAGGAGCUCUACAUUCAGACAAACCGUUCUGAUUUGAGACCAGAAAGCCAGUGAGCCUACCAAGAAGGCAAGGAAAGAGACCUGAAUCUGCUGAAAGAUUGUAUUUAUCCUCACCAACAAAGAACAAGGGCCAGAAUAAAAACCCUAAAAAGCAAAUCUGGUUGUACGCUGAACGCUGGCCAGUCCCCGAGGGUAAGGAAGCCCCUUAGGGUCUCAAAUUUGUUUCACAAUUUGUUGCUCUUUGAAUCACCAGUAAAAUUCAGAAGCAGUAAAUGGACUUUUCCUUGAGGGCCUAACAAUCCCUCUGGUUUCCAAUUGUGUGGAGCGGGAGGUAGCCAGGGAGAGGGCAAGUUCCAAGGUUGCAACGAUUUGGACUGGAUUAAAGUUUGUGUUAAUUCUUGGAACUUCUAGGUGGGGUCUGCAUUGUUUGGUCUGGGUAAAGGGUUAAUGACCUGAUGAUGCGAAUGGAUGAGGGUAUGUAACCUGAAGCUCCGACUAAGAAUAUGGGUGUUGCUUUGAAGUAUGGGAAUGUCCAAUGUUAAUUAAUUUGGCCUUAAUCUGAUAAAAUUUCUUUCAUAAGGGUUAUAUGAGCAUCAACACAACUCCAAAAGUUAAUGGUCUCACUAAUGCUUGCUUUGUUUCACUAGGUUUCAAAUGUUGCUCGGAUAAGAUAUCGCAAUCUGAGGCAAGGCUUCCAAUGAGUUAAAAUCCUGUUGAAACAGAGUUUCAAAAGGGGAGAUUGAGAAAGGAAUUUUAACUCAUUGAUAAUAUAAUCAAUUAGCAUUGCUUUAGUAUUUAUUGAGUGGCGUGGCUGCAGUCUGGCUCAUGUUAUAAUAAGGAGAUAUUAAAGGCAGGGAAAAGGAGGAAGUCCUAUACGAACAGUAUGAGUUAAAAGGAAAGUUGUGGUCAGACAGAGAAAUAUUUCUUGAUAUGCUUAUGAGUUUUAAAGGUCAAGCCUCAUGCAGCUGGCAUGAGCUGGCUGCGUGAUAGUGGGAGGGUACCACCUGGCCUGGCACAUGGAUAAGGCCACCCAUAGGUGUGUGAGUUUCACCAUAUAUGGCUAUGAGUUAUGCUUUUGCUAUGUCAUGUACUAUGACAUAUGUAACCAUAUAUAAACCCAUGUAACCUGGUCCAGAGUAGAGACAGCUUGUCUUUCAUGACUCUCUCCCUGAUGGUCAUCAGUGUAUGUGCUGCUUUUACUUCUAAAUAAACUUCUGUCCUUUGGCAGUUCUUUAUCAAUUGACAUUGCAGAGCGAAUUUCCUUCCACACCAUCAUUGUUAGGCGGGGUCAAAAGGAUCACCCUUGGAUCCUCUACCCCCCAUUUCUCUCACACACUUCUCGUGGGUUUUUCACACAGGAAAAGCUUAUUUGGGUUUGUUUUCACGCACACAGGAAAGGCUCAUUUGGGAAGUCCAAUCUCGUUGUGGGGUCUGCCUCGACACAGCAACAUCCACCUAAUGCCCAGAGGCAAGACUGUGUGACAGCGGCACAGUGAGCAUUUUCCCACAGUUAGACCUGGCUCAUAAACCAGUGAGACACCGGGAAACAGGAAAGGAAAACUCAUUCAGCCAAGUCUCCUCUUUGGUUUUGAUCCUACUGAGCACCCUUCUGCACACGGAUUGGACUUCACCUCAGAAGAGCACUCAAUAUACGCAAGAGCACAGAGCUCACUCACUCAAGUCACAACGGGUAGGGGGGCAGGGUAGGGUAAGUUCAAUCACACCCACUGAGCCACAAGCUUGCUGGGUCAGUGAUUAUAUUCAAUUCAUGCUAGAGCACACAGCUCAUUCUCUCAAUUCACAACAAGGAUCCAUUCACUACAUCACUUUCAAUUUCUCCUGCUUCAAACAUGUAUACACUUUUCUCUUUUUUUCCUGUCUUUUUUUUCCCUUACACUAUCUACUUACAUAGUGAGUCUAACAGAUCUUGGCAGCAAAAAGGUCAGAUAGCGCAGUCCCAAACGAGAUGGCUAGGCAGCACAGGCAAUCCCCCACUGACAAUCCCUAAUAGAGAUUUCAAAAGGUCUCUUACCUAGGGGUGGCAUGGGAAUCAGUGGUGGACGGUCCAGACCACUGGUUCUCUAGUGAGAUAACUAUCCAAGUUACGGCACCAGAAUUGUGAAAGAAAACAGUUUCAUGUUGUGUUGAAUCAGAAAGAUCUGCUAGAGGCACAUUUAUUAAAAAGAAAGCAAAACAAAGCAUACAAGCGGUUGCGGCUGUUUGGAGAGAAAAAUUCAGACAGGCAUGAGCCCAAGAAGUUCUGACACAAGUGGUGUUUAGCAUAUUUUUAAAAGCACAUAGAAACUGUUUUCUUAUCACACAAACAUCUUUCAGCUACCGGGAAUGGAACUUCAGGGCUACAAACAUAUGCUUAUCUAAGUAGGUUGAACAUCAGUCUUUCUGGAAAUGUUCUGUGACGUCUCUUGCAACAUCCUUUGCAGCAUAUUAGAAUGCCACUUUCCCAUCACCUCCUUCAUACUUGCAAAGUCUGAAUCAAAAUUGAGGCCUAUAGAAUUUUAAUUCCACACCUACCAAGGUGGGGAACAGCUGGAGCAAACGGGGGACUGGAGAAGGCCUGCCCUGGGAGUGAGUACUUGAGCAUCUGGGUGCUUGCUUGCUCCUCUGGGUUGCUGUCUCUCGAGACAGCUGAGGUCCCUGGUAAAUGCUACAAGGACUGGGGGGCCCUGCCUGACCCUGAAUCCAGAGAGAGGCUGCAGUCAAUCUUGCAGCCACUUGCAUCAGCUCCUGGCUGGGUCAGGGGGCAUAAAAGCCCAUCUGCCCUUGGGCAGCAGGUCUACUGCUGGCAGGGUCUCCACCAAAGGGGUUGGUCCCUUGGAUUGCUCCUUAGGGAGUCCGAAGUGCAAGGGUGCUACCCCCUUCUUUUUCAGGAGUGGUGGGAUCACCACGUCUUUCAGGAGAUUUGGGGCAAGGUGUCAGCAGUACGCUGAUGAUCCCCAGCUCUAUUUCUCUGUAACAUCUGAAUCAGGUGAGGCCAUGCAAGCCCUGGACCAGUGCCUGGACUCAGUGGUGGGCUGGACGAGGGCCAAUAAACUGAGCCUGAAUCCUGGCAAGACAGAGGCACUGUGGGUUGGUGGUUCCCAUGUUCAGAUAAUUGGUCAGUUGCCUGCUUUGGAUGGGGCCGUAUUCCCUCUGAAAGAGCAGCUUUGUCGUCUAGGGGUGCUCCUGGAUCCAGCUUUGUUACUAGAGGCCCAGGGGACCUCAGUGGCUAGGAGUGCCUUUUACCAGCUUUGGCUGGUAAGGCAGCUGUGACAGUUUCUGGACCAGGAUAGCCUGACCACUGUUGUCCAUGCACUGGUAACUUCCAGACUGGAUUACUGUAAUGCCCUUGAGGCUGGUCCGGAAGAUGCAGCUGGUGCAAAAUGUGGUGGCGUGACUGCUCCCUGGGGCAGGGUAUUAUCAAUAUCACACACACACACUGAAAGAAUUGCACUGGCUGCCCAUUAGCUACCGGGCCAAGUUCAAGGUUCUGAUUUUGGUGUACAAAGCCCUAUACAGCUUGGGACCAGGAUACCUGAAAUAUCAUCUUACCCCUUAUAUACCCGGUUGAUCACUGCGCUGUUCAGGUGAGGGCCUCCUACACAUAUCAUCUUACCAGGAGAUCUGUUCUGCACAACAUAGGAUGCCCCUUUAGUGUGGUGGCACCUGCCCUUUGGAAUUCUCUCCCCUUGCACCAUCUCUGUUAUCUUUUCAGUGCCUACUGAAGACCUUCCUCUCUCAACAAGCCUUUUAAGUAGAGACCUUAUCCCAGUCUGCAUCUGUGUUGGAACUGCUUUUUAAGAUGUUUUUCAAGAUGUUUUGUUCUGGGCUCCUACUGGGAGGAAGGGCAGGAUAUAAAUUUAAUUAAUAAAUAAAAUAAUAAAUAAAUACUCAUAACUAUCAAUCCUGUUUAAAAAAUAAAAGGAUGCUAACUGUGAGGAUUCAAAGUCUUGCUAAUUAUUUCCUUAUUGUGAACAGCCUUAGGAGGUCAAAUAUUGUAAAAUAUUCAAUCCCACUAGGUAGUACUCAUGAUGUUUCUCCAAAAUAUUGCCACCCUGAGCCCCGUUUGGGAGGAAGGGUGGGAUAUGAAUUAAAUAAAUAAGAUGAGUGUGGCGCUGUGGGAAAUUUCAGAUGACAAUGGUGAAUGUCAGUUAAUCCCACAAACAGUAUCAUGGAUGGGAGUAUCCAGAGAUCUAGCUUCAAUGGUUCCCUUGUUUCAUGAAUAUUGUGGUCCCUUAUCAGUUAGGCAGAAAUUGCGGGGGGGAUAGCCAGUGUGGUGUAACAUUUAGAGUCCUGGACUAGGGCUGGGGAAAGCCCGGUUUAAAUCCCCACUCAGCCAUGGGCCACAAUUGGUGACCUUAUUUAUUAUUAUUUGAUUUAUUGAGCCACUCACUAUCUCUCAGCCUUGCCUACCUUCUUCUCGCCUAUAUUUCCACUGAUCCCCUUGUCACUGUCUGCUGCCAUACCUAAUCCCUACUUCUCUCAGGCCCCUGCUUCCUUGUUUUCUAUGCCUCUACGCUGGUCCUGCUCCAACUUCCCUCAGUUAGUGCUACAUCAAACCAUAUGUCCUAGGCUGCAUAUUUCAACCGUCCCCUCUUCUCACAGUCCUCUUAUGUCUCUGGGCCACUUCUGACCUUUCUCUCUGGGCCCUGCUACCUCCUAGUCUCUUCCCUUCUGUCCUGUUCCAGACUCCUCUGGACAACUUGUUUAUUCAAUAUUCAUCCUGAUUUGUUUGCACAAAGCUUAUGCGGUACUUUGACUAUCUCCCGUCUUUAUUGAGCAUUUACUCUGAUUUAUUUAUGGGGCAAUUAUACAACAAUGAGCAUUCAACCUGCUUUGCUGGCAGGGUGUUUACAUGUCUUCCCUUUAAUCAUUCCUUCAUCCCACACUUUUCAGUGCAUUUCCCUGUCAUUUGCCUAAGUGCAAAAAGUCUAUUGGUGUUUUUUUAAUGUGGUUUUGUUGCACUAGGGCAACGGAACACUUUAAUCCACUUUAACUGAGCAAGCCUACAUUUCCAGUGUGUGCUUGAAUCCCUCCUGCAAACAGUGAUUGUCUGGUCUGGAACUACCUGCAGGUUUCCCAAGCACAGCCUAUAACUUUCCUCUCUCACUCAAUUUUAUAAUGAUGCCUCUCUGUAUUGGCCCGUGGGCAAGUUCAGCAGCUAUAUUAGCAGAAUAGCUGCCUGUAGGCAAGGGGAGGCUUGUAUUUCCCCCCCCCUUAGUUCUCUAGUUUAGUAUUCACUUUCUAAGUAUGAGGAAGAUAGUUCACGGAACGGUCAAUGAAUUAGCUCAUAGCCACCUGGAGUCUAAUCUGGGGUUCCUAAUAAGCAUUCAGUGUGAUGCUCUGCUGAGAGUGAUUCUGGUAUGCUGGGAAAGUGCCUUGUUAACCAAGAUAACAUAGAUUUUGGAGCAGUUAAUGCCCCGUUAGGCAAUUAGAGGCUUUGCCUAUCAGUUGUUGUUAUGUUGUAUGAUGUAGCCUUUCUUAGUAAUAUGUCAUAUUCUUAGCAGGUGGAUGAGUCAAGGUACGGUCAAUGAUGAGAUAGUGCAGGUGUGUUAUCAAUUGCUUGUUAGCAAAGAUAGAGAUAAAGAUAAGGCAGGCAUAUAGUUUGCCAAGGGAGGGUGCCAGGAUGUUUCAGCUAUCUGUCUUAAAAUAACAUAGUUUUCUAGCAAUUAGUCUGCUUUUGAAGGUGUCCUGUUAAAGGUCAGAAUAGCCAAUUAUAUGUAGCAGGUGCCAUGAUGUAAUGUUUUGAUGCCUUAAAGUCAUCACUCAUUUAUGUGAUCAUAUCAGUUUGUAUGCCAAUUUUUAUGCUAUAAAAGUGUCUCUUGUGCCCAGUAUGAGUGUUCAGUCUGACACCAGCUACUGCAGAGCUGCGUGGCUGAUCCACUUUUAUUGGGGAUACUUGGCUGUAUGCUUUGUAAG